CCCGACGACUAACUAGUUCAUUCGGCCGGACCACGCGACUCCGCAAUAAUAUUAUAUUAUUACACUCUCGGCAGAAGCGCUGAUGCUGUGCGCGCGACCACAGACACGCAGAAACCGGUCACAGCUCAUUCGGUGCGAAUCCUUAGUGCGACCGCAAAAGUUCGCGAACACCGUAGUCGUUCAUCGCGGCCCGCCGUCCGACCGCGUGAACCGUGUUCGAUAUAUUCGUCUUGCCUUUUAUUAUUUAUUACUGCAAACUAACUACCGAAAGUUUUUUUUCUGUCGUCGCGAUCAUGGGCGCCGGCGAAGAACAACCGCGGUCCCCGAUGGACCGCAUGCAGAGCACAGUCUCGUUCGCGGCGAUGACGAUCGACCACAACCGCGGUAACCGCAGCGACGACGAAGACGACGACAACCACUCGUCUGCCUGCAGCACCGACGAAGUGCAGCCGGACGAGGAAGAGAUGCCGCUGGUCGAAGCGCCCAGGACGAGGGUGUUCAGCGUGUCCGCCGACAGGCCGAUCACCAGGAUCCCGACCCGGGUCGACAUGAAGACGUUGACGCACAAGGCGAAGCGACCGGCCGUCGACAUCGAAUUCCACGACCUAACAUACGCCGUCAACACGACAGCGGGACAAAGAACAAUACUGAAAGGCAUAAACGGUUUCUUUCGUUCGGGACAUUUGACCGCCAUUAUGGGCCCUUCCGGUGCUGGGAAGAGUUCGCUGAUGAACAUACUCGCUGGAUACGUGAGAAGUGAUAUCAAAGGACAAAUUCUUACAAAUGGUCAUCCCAGGAAUAUGCAACUUUUCAAAAAACUUUCCAGUUACAUAAUGCAAGAAGAUCUGCUCCAACCUAGACUAACAGUUCUAGAAUCAUUGAGUUACGCAGCUCGAUUAAAAAUUGGUAGUGAAUUAUCGAGAGAAGACAAAAAUAAAGCUGUGAACGAGGUGCUGGAACUCUUAGGGGUAUCGGUGUGUCGGAACACGUAUGUGGAGAAAUUAUCCGGAGGUCAGCGCAAACGUCUAUCCGUGGCCUUAGAAUUGGUCAACAAUCCACCGGUGAUAUUUCUAGACGAGCCCACUACUGGGCUUGACAUUGUGGCGAUAAAGCAGUGCGUCACCCUGUUGGUCGAUCUCGCCAAACAAGGAAGGACCGUGGUCUGCACCAUACACCAGCCCAGCUCAUCGUUAUUCCAUAUGUUCGACCACGUGUACAUGUUAGCCCGAGGCUCUUGUAUUUACAACGGGUCACCCAAACAAUUGGUGCCGUUCCUAGCACAAGUCGGACACGUCUGCAAGCCCACGCACAACCCAGCAGAUUUUGUUUUCGAGGUAUUAGACAACGAUACAAUAGUUGACCUAACGAGAGAAAUUCAAAAUGGAAAAGUAAUAUUAUGUGACGAUUUAGACGAAAUGGAAAACGGAAUGGCGACUUCCAAACUUUGUCGUACCGACACGCUUAUUACAUUGCCACCAGUAUUUGAUGAUGCGCCAAAAGUAGAUCAAUCCGAAGCGGAAUACCCAUCAUCUUUCAGUACACAAUUCUCUAUACUGUUGGCAAGAAAAACCAAACAAUUCUGUAGGAAUUCCACUGGACUGUGGAUAUCUUUUUUCCAUCAUACAUUCUCAGCUUUGCUUCUUGGAAGCAUUUACUAUGGAAUUGGAUCAGAUGGUAAUCGACCAUUUGAAAAUUUCAAAUUUUGUAUCAGUGUAAUUGUAUUUUUUGUUUAUACUCAUGUUAUGGGCCCAGUACUUACAUUUCCGUCGGAAGUCAAGCUAUUACGGCGAGAAUACUUUAACCAUUGGUAUAGUCUCAAAUCAUACAUCUUUGCAUCCACAAUUACAUCAUUACCAAGUAUGAUAUUAUUUGGAUCGUUAUUCCUUGUAAUUGUAUACUUUAUGUCUGCACAACCAAUAGAAUGGAUUAGAUUCAGUCAGUUUAUGGCGAUAGGACUAUUUACUGGUUACACGUCCGAAGGAUUAGGCGUUCUCAUCGGGUCAUCUGUAAAAAAUUCCACCGGCGCCGUGAUGACGCCCGCACUGCUGGCGCCGAUGCUCGCACUGGCCGUUUACGGGAUGGGCUACGGGCUGGCCAUCGAGCCAAUCAUGGAGUCGCUGAUGGCCACUAGCUUCCUGAGGUACGCGCUGGUCGGCGUGUGCACUUCGCUGUUCGGAGACGGACGCGCAGACAUGAACUGCUACAAAAACGACCUUUACUGCCACUACAAAAGUCCGGAACUGCUGCUCCGGGACCUGGGAAUGAGCGGCCGGUCGAUCACCAACCAGUUUAUCGGGCUGGCACUGUUCGGCCUGUUCUUCAGGCUGGCCGCGUACUACAUCAUCAAGCUAAGGAUGAUGAACAAGUCGCUCCGCAAGAUACCACUAUACUUCAAGAAGUUCCUGCGAGGCUAGUGAUUCCCCGACGGCGAAGGCGGCGGCACGAAGAACUCGCCGCGCAGUCUACUUAUCCGUUUCUUCGUUAUCGCCGUUGUAUUUUAUACAUAAUAUUAUAGUGUUCAGGCUCAGGUCACGUCAUCGGCUGUGCGUAGGUAGGUACUUAUAUUGAUUCGACUUAGGCACCGUACAGUAGUGCCUACCAGGUGUUUAUAAUGGUAAUAUUGUAACAACGAUGACUCGUACUUACAUAUUAUUUAAACGAUCGCUGGUCSRAURAAUAGGUAUAAUAAUAAUAUGAUUAACAUAACGCUACCAAUAUUAUUUUAUGAUAAUUAUAUUUUUAUUUAUUCCAUCGAUUUUUAUCACGUCGAUUUCAAUUGAAUGUAAUCGAUAUUAUGUUAAAUUAUAUUCUGUAAAUUGUAUUAUUUUAUGUAUGAUAAUUAUGUGUACACUUACGUAUCUAUAGUACCUACGUCUUUCUUGUUUUGUUUAAUUUUUUGUACGUUUCAUCCCUGUUACGAAGUGUUUUUAGUAUUUUCAGUGUUCAAAAACUUUUCGUAAUUGUCCACGAACAGCUUAAGCUCCUAAAUCAUUAAUUUUUUAAUCACAAAAACCUUUCUGAUUUACAGCAAUAUUAUUGUAUAAUAAUAUCUGAGUAGGGAAUUUCAUUCUAGUAUGUUUAUACUUAUAUGAAAAAAAUUCGAAUAUAUUCUUAGUAUUGUUCGAAUAAAAAUGUAACGGAACUAUUUUCAAAUAUCCAACCAAAUUAUUUUUAAAACGAUUUUAAAAAAACCAAUCAAAACAUUUUUAUUCGAGCAGGUAGUACAUAUUAUUC